UGACAUCAGCAGAGCCGAAGUUUACUUCAAAAGCGCGGGAAGAAAAGGGCGAUACAUGAGUAAUAAAAAGAACGCUGUUUACAAUACAAGGCAGCGUCACAGCCACCCUCUCGUCCAUCCUUAUGAACAAGCAAAGAAACAGAAUAAAUCAUACAGAAUAGGGGACGACACUAUCUCUCUAAUACACCAGACAGGACCUUGUAGCCAGUCAUCAUCCAAUUGCAUCAAAUGUAACGCACUCCUGCAAGGCUUGAAUUGUCCUGUAGGCAGCUACAUUCAAGGUGAAAUAUUCACUAAAGCUGUAAGACAGAUGCAAGAGAGAAAUUCUUUCUCUAAUACACACAAAUCAAGCAAUAGUCUUCAGGCUCCCUCUCCUCCCACUUCAAAGAAACCUGAUGGUUUCUGCGAGAGCUGUCACGAGUUGGAGUUCGAACUAUGUAACAACCGCCAUGCGCAAGGCCAGUUUUGUUUGUCGGCAUUGUCACGUACCUCAAACCAGGCAACCAAUGAAUCACCUGACUAUGUGGCAUUCCAGGGAAAAGAGUCACAUGCUAGCCAGACACAGUGCAACAAGUGUUUCUCAUUGGAUGGGCAUCUGCGAAACUCGCUAAUUCGUGACAUGAGAAAUUAUUAUGGAACUCAAGAAUGGCAAGACAAGUCAAAGGACUUAGGAGAUUGCUAUGCAAACAAAGAUGGUAUCCCGUAUGCUCCAUUUGCAGUUGAGCCCUCGAGUUUCGUCCAGAAGACUUUCAGUUGUGCUCGUUGUAAGGAGAUGUGUAGUGACUCCUUCAAAUCUGACAGGUUGAGAAAUGAGUGGACUCCUUGGAAUCCUUAUCCAAUGAAAGAUAGUUUUGAUAAGUCGACUUGCAGAAGAUGCAGCACAAGAGGGCUUGUCUGCAAUGGCUGCAGAAUCUGGUCGUUCGAUUGAGAUGAUAGCUACACUACUAAACACUCAUUUAAACAUCUUUGAU